GUAUUUUGCAAACUGUUUUUUUCCCCCUUUGUCAUAGCCAGCGCGCACGGUAUCAUCACGACGUAUUGCUGUCCUCAUAAUGCACUAUGGUUCCCAUCACUCAGUCGGGCCCAGGCAGUAUCGAAGCUGGCGGGCUUGGCAGACCUGACAUAGCAACCUGUCCUCGAAGGCAUUGCCCUUUGGGUAUAAAUACAACCUCUGAAGAUGCCGAGUAUCUCUUGUAGAACCUGGUGUUCGACCUCAUACUAGCUUUCUGACCGCGGGACGGUUCAGACUCAACUCUCCUUGUACUGAUCUUUUAUCUACCAUGCGUGUUCACAGGAUCUCUUUUGCAGUGAUUGCAUUGUAUACCUUGACUGCGAGUUCAGCACCAGCCACGACAAGUUGGGACGAGUCCGAGGAGUUAGAUGUUCGCGGCCUUUUCAGUUCCUCAAAAGGCAAGGAUACUGGUAAAUCAUCCACAUCGGGGUCAUCCUCGUCCAAUGGACAGUGUCAAAAAACCACUACUAGAGGAAUUGACUUUGACGUAGACAUUAUCAAGCGUCUAUUUGGCUCUAGUAAACCGACGAUCUGUGGUGUGACUGCGGCACCGACUCAACAAAGCUGCAAAAGCUUUAGUGCUGAUGAAACGUCAAAUGGCGAGCAAACAAGUACCUCCGGAGGCCACACAUCCAAUCAGAGAAGGGUAAAGUCGGCUCGCGGUUAAGGGCUAAUUUCAGUCCUGAAAGUUUUUAAUAGCUUUUCGGCUC